AUGGACUCACCACGUCUGAAACCAAGCUCCCGUGAUGGCCAUUUCACGGCCUCAAAUACCGGACUGGAAAGGACACGCGAGAUAGGAGACGAAUUCUCGAAUUGUGUCCUAUCCCGGCCAGUCACUCCUAGAACUAUGGAGAAGCAUGCUUACGGUGCGCAUCGCAAACCCAGGAAGAUUGUGCUCUGCUUCGAUGGCACAGGAAAUAAAUUCCAGGGAGAUGACAGCGACAGCAACAUUUUGAAGAUCUUCAGGAUGUUGGAUCGAACAGCAAGUGAUCAGUACCAUUACUAUCAGCCGGGAAUUGGCACCUACGUGGUGUCAAAGAGCCUGAGCCAUACAGGCAGGAUAGCUCGGCUCAAAUCGUGGUGCAUGAAGGCGAAAGACUCAGCGAUUGGCUCGUCGUUCGACCAACAUGUUGUCGGGGGAUAUCGAUUUCUCAUGCGUUACUAUGACCCUGGCGAUGAGAUAUACAUUUUUGGUUUUUCUCGCGGUGCUUACAUUGCUCGCUUUCUUGCCGAGAUGCUAGACUACGUCGGUCUACUCUCUCAUGGCAAUGAGGAAAUGGUGGUGUUUGCAUGGAAGGCCUUUGCCAACUGGCAAAGAAGGCGAGAGAGCACCACGCCAGCCGGUAUUAGACAAAAGAAGGAGAUGUAUGCAUUCAUGAGGGGAUUCCGCGAGACAUUCUCGCGGCCAGUACGAAGGAUCCGAUUCCUCGGCCUUUUCGACACCGUCAACAGCGUACCACAAUUUGAAGCUGCUUGGAUGGAACGCAGCAAAUUUCCCUACACUGCGCGCACAUCAGCAAAAGUGAUACGUCACGCAGUGAGCAUAGAUGAGCGGCGCGCCAAAUUUCGGCAAGACCUGAUUUACCAGAGCGGCCAGAACAAGACCUCGAAGGGAGGUGGACGGAGCAAGGACAAGACAAGUGGGAAUGGAGAAAGGUACAGAAGAAAAUCCAGCUUCAGCUCAGCAAAGCCAGCCGACGGCGUGACGCUUCACAAUGAACGCGGGCGCUGCUUGACACUGGACACGCCGGAUGAUGAAGCUCCAUACCGUGUUCGCUCGCACUCGAUUCGCUCUCGUCGAACAGGCAUGACAGGUGCUUCUGAUUUGGACCAUCACCAAGAUGUGAAGUCCGAGCUCUCUGUCGCCAUCCAUCCACACGAUGAAGACGUCUUGUCCAUUGCCGAGUCUGAGGAUGAAUCAGACCAGGACAUUGAUGAGGUGUGGUUUGCCGGCGGUCAUGCAGAUGUUGGUGGAGGCUGGGAAGUUCCCCCAGACUCCAAGCCGGCCAGCCAUAUCCCUCUUGUGUGGAUGGUGCAUGAAGCGAUGAAAGCCGGGCUUACGUUUGACCUCGACAAAGUUCGUGAGAUGGGAUGCAUGGAAGCAUUCGACGACGAGUCCAUGGCAGCCAAUAGCAGCAUCAACAAUGGCAAAGCAGAAGCUCUCCACACGGCAAGAGCACCAAGCAAUUCUCGAGUGCUUCCGGUCCCCAAUAUCAUGAUCCGGUCCCCGACAACGAUGUUAUGCGAGCCCUCUACAAAACCUUCUCACGGAGCAGAUAGACCCGGGAAAGUUACGUCCUCCGCUGUCGAGAGCGGCGAUGGCCACCGUGAGACGUUCAGAGAAAUGAUGGACAAGGCAUGUAUCGCUCGACUCCAUGAUCCUCUUGAGUUUGGCGGCGGCCUGCCUUGGGGAUCUACUUUAACCUGGAAGAUCAUGGAAUAUCUGCCCUUCCGUCGUAUGGAUCUUCAGCCAGAUGGAUCGUGGAAACCCAUCCGCUGGCCUCUUCCAUGCGGAGAGGUCCGUGAUAUCCCGGAAAACGCGCGUGUCCAUGGAAGUGUUAUCCGGCGCAUGCAACUGGAUGACAAGUACAGACCAGGAAACCUCAUCGUCGGUGGCGGAGGCAGGGGCGUUCGCGUCGCACCAAAGGAGUACGGGAUUGGCGAUUGGGUCUGUGUUGCAAAUGAAGGCUCUCCCGUGAACGAAAUUUGGAUGAAGAGGAGCGUGGUCGAAAAAAUGAGGAAUAACAAUACCAAAAACUAA